GUUGUGGGUGACGACGAGUGACUGGUGAAAGUUCAAAGGUUAAAUUUUUGUUGUCUUUGUGUAAAGGAGUGGAGCUCGGUCGCGCAUCACUCUUCCCUCUUCCCCGAGUCCUUUUUAAACUCUCCCCCGGGUUUCUACCCUCCCAAACCUCUCCCCUUCUACCCUUACAACCCCAACCCUCCCCCCGAUCACCCAGCAGCGCACGAAUAAGAUCCAUCUCGGAGACCAAAGACCCCAGUUUUGUACUGACAGCUAUUGUAGCAGUUAUGGACUCCGGAGUGAUUGAAGGCGGGCUCAAUGUCACCCUCACCAUCAGGCUGCUCAUGCAUGGCAAGGAAGUUGGGAGCAUUAUUGGAAAGAAAGGCGAAUCUGUGAAGAAGAUGAGAGAAGAGAGYGGUGCUCGCAUCAACAUCUCGGAGGGCAACUGUCCUGAGAGGAUUAUUACAUUGGCAGGUCCAACCACUGCCAUCUUCAAAGCGUUUUCCAUGAUCAUUGAAAAGUUGGAAGAGGAUAUAAGCAGCUCAAUGACAAACAGCACAGCUACCAGCAAGCCCCCAGUGACCCUACGCAUUGUGGUGCCGGCCAGCCAGUGCGGCUCCCUCAUUGGGAAAGGUGGCUGCAAGAUUAAAGAAAUCCGAGAGUCAACCGGAGCUCAGGUACAAGUGGCAGGAGACAUGCUUCCCAAUUCCACGGAGCGUGCCAUCACCAUUGCUGGCACUCCUCAGUCAAUAAUUGAGUGCGUAAAGCAGAUCUGCGUGGUCAUGCUUGAGUCUCCCCCUAAGGGCGUCACUAUCCCCUACAGACCCAAGCCUUCAGGAUCACCUGUCAUCUUUGCAGGUGGACAGGCAUAUGCUGUACAAGGACAGCACGCGAUUCCACAACCAGAUUCUUCCUCUGCUGCUAUUUCUCCACAGCUCACCAAGCUUCACCAGCUGGCUAUGCAGCAGAGUCCUUUCCCCAUUGCACCAGGCAACCAGGGAUUCACUGGGAUUGAUGCUUCUGCUCAAACCAGUUCCCAUGAGAUGACCAUUCCAAAUGAUCUUAUUGGAUGCAUCAUCGGCCGCCAGGGAGCCAAAAUCAAUGAGAUUAGGCAAAUGUCUGGUGCCCAGAUCAAGAUCGCAAAUCCGGUGGACGGCUCAACAGACCGCCAGGUUACUAUCACAGGCUCGCCUGCCAGCAUCAGUCUGGCGGAGUACCUCAUCAACGCAAGUGUAGAGUCCUCUAAACCUCCUCCCUCCUCCUCUUCCUCCUCCUCCUCCUCCUUGAACCCCGAACAGACCAGCUUGUGCCCUCCCUCCACCUCUACUACUACUACUACCACCACUACUACUACCACCACCACCACCUCUGCUGCUACCUCCUCCUUCUCCUCCUCCUCAUCUUCUUCCUCUUCCUCCUGUGUGGUGCCCCCCACAGCCUCCAUUCCUCUGUCCUUGUUGGCUCCAGGGCCGCCUCCUCCCUCUUCUUCCUCCUCUGCUUCCUCCUCCUCCACUGACUCCCUGCUCCCCAGCUCUCCUGCCUGUGUGUCGAGUCUCCUCAGUCUGAAGCCCCUGCCUCUCCUGGCCCUCCACGUUGUCAGUGGGGCCAGUAACCCCCCACACUCAAUUGCCACCGAGCCCAAAGUCGCCCCCGAGCUUGGCUCCAAGUCUAAAAGGCGAAGGCUCUCCCCUUACUAACCAAGGAAACAUAAGUCAUCUACUACUGAAGUGCUGACAAUGCUCUCUGUUGUCUGUACCGGCACUUGCUUUUGUAUCUGGCUGCACCAUGCCUCGCUUCCUGCAGAAAGCAGCCUCUUGUUACAAAGCCAGAGAGAUGAUUAAUGCCAUAUGUAUAAAAUAUGUGUAGCGUGAUUUUAUCUGUCUCUUUAAGAUAUGACAUGUUGAGUGCAUUAUAUUUUUCAACGACGUAAAACUUAGCAUGGACAGAGAAUAAUUUCACCGAAUCACUGAAAUGUUUCUCUUUUUGUGAAAGCUCUGCUCAGGUAGCGGCUCUCUCUUAAGAUGUCAUAGUGUAUUUGUGCGAUUAGCUUCCUUCUAGUUGUUUUUAAGUGACUUACGGUAGUUUACAUAACGGAGUGUUUAAAAACUUUUACUGCUCAUGUAAGAAAAAAAAUAAAAUAAUUUAAAGUAAAUCUUCCCUCAGGUAUGAAAGCCACCAAAUCAAUUUUUUGGGGGUGAUGUUGAUGUGAAAAUCACCCGAACAACCAUCUGCAUCAGCUCAGUACAGCUCCAUAGAGAAACAAGAAUAAUUAAACACAUUGCAGAUCUGAUUAUUGCUUGAAUUCACCCACUCAAAAAGAGCAAAACCAAUUAAUGUUUAUCCCCUUCACGACUUUGAGUAUGACGCUUCAGCAGCUCAUUAACUUAUUAAAAACAAACUGGAAAUAGGAGGUAAUCAAGCCGCCCAACAUGAUUAUUAAGA